GUUGGACGCCGUAACAGCAGGUACUCUCCUUCGUUGCUGAAUUGCCCACCUGCGCUUCCUACCUUACUGCGCGUACUCUAUAUGCAUAUAUUUGUUCAUUCUCUUAGGGCUGCCCAUGAACACCAACAUCCUACUUUCAGCCCACACGUCCCCGGAAAGGGUGUAUAUCUAGCUCGAUGUGAUCGCGUCCUAUCUGCCUCAGACUGAGCACCUCCUGCGUUAACGAUACCGAUUACUACAACGACGCAAAGCCCGUAAGCGGAAAGCAACAGCCGGCAAAGCAUUUCUACGCCAUUUAUCAUCCUGCGCGUUUCUUUGCGCCUGUGGAAACCGGAGCGAUGACCAACAGCACGCUGCAAAUCCAGCUGCAGAACCAAACGAGCUCCAGCACAGUCUAUGCCUAUAUCACUGGCACUGCCCUGAACAACAAUAAUGCCCUCUUUCUCUUGCAAGCCGAUGGGAAGACGCCAUACUACCCGCCGAACCCAUCCAAGACUGGCACACCUAUCAACGCGAACACAUCCAUCUCUCUAGGCGGCCCUGGCAGCUCGGUCAGCGCGACUAUCCCUCAGCUUGCAGGUGCCAGAAUCUGGUUUUCAGUAGGCGCCAAGCUCGUCUUCUACGUCAACCCCGGUCCAGGCCUGGUCGAGCCCAGCAUCUUCAACCCUUCUGAUGCCAAUCAUAACACGUCUUUCGGCUUCAUGGAGCUCACGUUCAACUCAUCCCAAUUGUUCGCCAAUAUCAGCUACGUUGACUUUGUCUGCCUGCCAAUAGCAAUGACGCUCAAGGAUUCCUCUGGGACGAUACAGCAUGUCUCCGGCAUGCCAUCCAACGGCCUGCAAACCAUCGCCACUGGCCUGACGGCACAGACGCAGAAAGACGGCUAUCCGUGGAGCUCCCUCGUCGUGAAGAAUGGCAGUGGCCAGCUUCUGCGCAUUCUGAGCCCCAAUUCCGGCAUACUGCUGAACCCGAGCUGGUUCCAAAACUACUGGACGAACUAUGUCAAUCAAGUCUACUCCCAAUACACAAGUCAGAAGCUGACGGUCAACACACAAGCUUCGUUUGGCAAUGUGGCGGGCCAAGUAUCCAACAAUUCCCUGAGCUUCGGCCCUGGCGGAUCGUUUAGAAAACCCUCCGCUGCCGACAUAUUCAGCAACUCAUCCGGGCCAUUCGCGACGGGCGGCAAUGCGGAGACGAACACCUUGAUUCCUCGACUUGCGGCAGGCUUCAACCGGAGCAUCAUGCUGUCUAGCAACACUGUACCAAACGGGGCUACUCCGUCGCAGUACUACCAGAACGCUACGACCAAUCACUAUGCGCGCAUCGUGCACGUUACGAAUCUGGACGGUGGUGGCUAUGCGUUUCCCUACGAUGACGUUACUCCGGAUGGUGGUGUGCCGCAGGAGGGCGCCGUGUUCUCCAGCACACCUGCGUUGCUCACUGUGGUAUGCGGAGGGGCCAAUGCUUACAAAUGAUCAUGGCUGUUUGUUGCUGAGGUCGGCAGAGAAGCGAGCAUUACUGUAUAUCCCUAAACCACCUUUUCGUUCAGCCAACCUUUACAACGGCUUGAUGGAUGAGACAAAAUGAACGUAACUUGUCGGAUUGGGCCCCAACAUGGGAGCGCUGCUCGAAUCUAGCCAGCUGUCUGCCCCGAUUGGAGAGGACACG